CUCAUGGCUUCUCGACUCUCAUUCAGUCCAAUCCCAGAAUUCUCUGCUAAAAGUUUCCCACAACAACCCCGACAAGUGCCUCUUUUUGCAAUUCCGCCACUGGGUUUCCCGUCAAAGUAUGCUCAUUCAAGAACCAUAUCUAGCUCCAGAGUUGAAUUUGUACAUUCGCUUCGGGCUGUGAGAGAGGAAGUCGUACAAUCUCCAAAUUCAGAAUCCACAGAUGAUUCCAAAACCGCCCCUUCUUCCUCUUCCAAGCUCGUUCUCGUCGUUGGUGGCACCGGGGGUGUUGGGCAAUUGGUAGUUGCAUCGUUGCUCAACCGGAAUAUAAAGUCACGCCUAAUACUGCGGGACCCUCAGAAAGCUGCUACGUUAUUUGGUGAACAAGAUGAAGAGACAUUACAG